UCGAUUGUGCGGUCACAAAGCGUCUCUAAGCAACGGGGUUGGGGCAACAAAAUGGUGACCACCAAACGCUACUCGUCGAACAUUAGGAUUGUAUAAACUAUUUCUUCUCGUUUCGGCCAUUCUUUGUUAAACCCUAAAACCGAAAUGGCACGGAAAUGUAAACCAUAUCCUUACCCAAGAUGUGAAAAUGAUCAUACUUUCAACGGAAUAAAGGAAUGUCAGAAACACCCGUUUGAAACGCCUAUCCACCUCGCCCAGAAUGAGAACCCUUGGAGUCGUCUCAAUGACACAGCCACCCUGGCCAGCGUGAGGCGAAACGUGUGCUACUACGACCAAGAGGCUCCAAGUGACAGUCUCGACUUUCAGCUGAAGUCCACUUAUGACCACCAUCAAGAAUUCCUAUGCAACAAGAAUAAAACCCUUUUUCAGAGAGAAACAUAUUCUGAUGAGCAUGGGAGGAUUCUAAAGAACAGAGAGAAGGCGGAGGCUCCCCAGUGUGAGGUUGAGAAGAGAGACAUUCGUGUCUGGGUCAACCCACAGAAAGCUUCCAUUUACAGCAUCCAAGGAACCAUAGAAUCCCAUCACAACGCCUCCACCAACCGCGGCUACUCAAGGAAGCACGACGGAGGAUUCUAUUCAACCUAACGGCUUGAUACCGAUACCUCACUGUUGUAACCUUUUCCAGCCAAAUAAACAAAUCAGGAAGGUA